CAAGGCGUCUAUCGGGUUUGAGGUAAGAUUACCACAGUCAACGUUUCCAACGUAUAUGUGUUGCUAAUGGAUAUAGGAUGAUUCCAAGGAAGAUACCGAGUUCUUCGAUGUGAAGUUCUAUCCGUACCUUCAACCUACGGACGACCCAGUAUUUGCCGCCGUUAGUAAGAAACAUGCGAGUAUUCCAUCAUUGUGGUGCCAUUUGUGCACUUUCUGGGGCUGACUUCGUGCACAGAUUGUGAUUUAUCGACUGUCAAGCAAUGUCAGUCCAUUCAUCGAACUUGUCCAAGUGCUGCGUGAUGACGAUGUAAGCUCAGCUGUAUUGCUGCAGGGUUUCUAUGCUGACCUCAUGCCAGCAAGGCGCCGUUAAUUGCAGUUGCACUUGGACCAAAGAUCCUGAAACCGAGGUCCCCUGGCUUUGUGUAGCUGGGUGGGACGCGAAGAUUAAGAUUUACGAUGUGAUCAGUGGUACUUUAGUCAAGACACUUGUUGGCCAUGGAGCUGAAAUCAAUGACCUUGCCACAUGCCCAAACAACCCUUCCAUACUAGCUUCCGCUUCGCAAGAUACAACGGUCAGGAUAUGGAGUCUUGAUUCCUCUGAUGAAGACCAGCCUUGCCUCGCCAUUCUUGGGGGAGAAGGCCACUCUUCUGGUUUGUUGGCAACUGCAUUUCACAAUAGUGGACGAUACGUCCUUUCUGCAGGCCACGACAAUUGUGUUUGCAUGUGGACAUUGCCAGACCUCUCUGAUAGACCCCGGACCAGAAACCCCCUUCCACCAGUAAUCGUACACUAUCCGCACUUCUUCACAUCAGAGGUCCAUAGUGGAAUUGUCGAUUGUGUUGCAUUUUACGGAGACAUGAUUCUCUCGCGAGCAUGCCAUGAGGACGUAAUUGUUCUGUGGAGGAUCGAAGGGUUCUCUUCCAAAAACCCACCACCAUCUCCAUCUGACGCCCCCACGACUAGCGACACUGAGCGGCUUACUCGAUCGGCUUUCGUUCCAGUAACUGUAUCAGCGGCUCCUCAAUACACCCGCAUGAUACAAUUUCAUACACCUGGCAGUGGCCACCAGUUCUACAUGCGCUUCAAGCUGUAUCAUGACACUGGGAAGCAUCCAGUCCUCGCAUUCUGCAAUGCACAUUCAAAUGUUUUCUUCUGGGACUUGGCGCGGAUCACGGCGUUUCACGAGUUUGUCACUGAGCUAAAUAGGCCCGAUCGUGACGUGCCUUUACAGCGUCCUAGCUGGCUACAACCCGUUGUGCACAGACAAAAGGCUGACCCGGUCAGUAAGGUGCGAGCCGACGCAGAUGACAGGGACUCGGUAAUAUCGGGUCGGACUGGUAGCGAUAUUGACCCUUCAGCUAAUUCUAACAACCACUACAGCCAAGAGACACUCGACUCAUGGCAUGAUAGGUACGACUCUACCCGCAUAGACGAAGCACUUAGGUCUCAUAGCCAGAGCUCCGUGUCCGUCAAGGAUUUUAUUGGAAGACAGGUGGCUUGGAGUCCGCUCGGUGACUGGUGCGUUGUGGUAGGGAGCAAGAACCUCAUGGUAGUAUUAGCCCGCUGGCAGAAGAAGGAGAAGGACGACAGAAGAUCUGGCCACUAAUAUCAGUUAUCUUGCUCGAUAUUAGUUCUACAUAUAACAAAGUCAUUGUCGGCGCUUGUGUGGGAAGUUGAGGGGAACGAGUGCACCAAGUUAGUGGCUGAACUGCCCUGGCCUUUUUUAUGUGGUCAGUCUCAGACGGCUACCACGAAAAGUAUGGCUGCCAGCUUACACCACAAGCGAAAAGAGCAAUUAACUCGUUAAAAUCAGGGCCGCAUUUGAAGUCGUGCGGAACGCUAAGUGAUAAGCAUCUUAUGCUGAUUCAAUGUUGAUAAUACUGCCUAGCAAUCUCUGUAGUUCGUUUAUAGACACUGACUUAG